CUAGCUGGCUCCUCAGUGGACUCGUGCUUCUUGCCAGUUGCUGCUGCAUUCAAAUUGGCAGUAAGGUAAUUGGCAGUUCCGUGUAGAAGACGCAGCUCUGCAACACGUCUUCAACUUCACGUCCAAGUCUGCUGACUUCCUUGCUGAAAGAGCUGUGCACAAGCCGCAUGUGCUUCUCAUCUUUCAGCUAAUCUGAUUCUUCCGCAAUUGCCCGGUUCUGUGUAGUUCUAACCAACAGAAAACUCUGGCCCUUCCAAAUCGGGUGCCGUUGAAAGAUUGUGACGCAACUCUAGAAUGAAGAGUUCAUAGCGCCUGCUUUCAGGAUAGUGUUUUCACGAAGUUGAUCAAAAGUUGAAUUGUGCAAAGCAGAGAUGUUUUCUGCGAUGGCUAGGGCAACGUCGAGUGGGUCGCUUCUUUCGUGGCCCGCUCGCAUCCAGACAGAAUCCACCACUAUCAGACAGAACAGCUGUCAGGCUACCAGUAUCCCAGUUAACCACCUGAAAGCCGCAUGUGCCAGCCAGUCCACUGGACACAAGCAUCGAUUCCUUACCUUGUCGUCAGCUUUUGCGGCAGUACCUAGUGGCAGAGGAACCUUGUGGGCCUCUUGCAGACCAGGGUGUCUGAGACUUAGAGGAAGGCGGCGAGCGGUGCAAGCCGAUGCGAAGAUGUUCGUACCAGGGUUUGGAGAGAAGUCACCUGAAGCCAAGGCAGCCGACUCGCUUCACAACUUCUUCACGUUCACAGCGCUCAAAAUCGUGUUGUCCCAGCUGCAGAGUUACAACCCGGAUGCCUAUAAGGAUCUGAUGGAGUUCGCUCAAAAGUCGCCCUUGAAAGAUGGUGACGAGUUUGUCCACCAACUGAUGCGGGUGUCUCCCCAGCACAAAACGCUGGCCAUGCGGAUCUUGGAGGUCCGGUCAGCUUAUGCAUCGGAGGAUUUCGAGUGGGACAACGUUCAGAAACUUUCCAAGAAGCGCAUGGAAGAAUCGAACACCAAGGUGUUGAGGGAGUUUUUGCAACAGAGUAGUGGGAUGAGUUGAGUUCGGAUUGCAGGCAAGAGCGUUGUCGUGGGUGGGGUUGUGACGUUUGUCAUUAUGAUUGGAGGUGAUGUUGUUGCCAUUGUAACAAGGAUAGAUGGUUAGACUCGCAAGCUGAACAUACUGGACAUAACCAAUUCAUCCAGCUAGGAUAGACGCGGUUGCACCAUUCAUUGAGAUGACGUGAACUUUUUGUGGUGGUCAGCUUAACACUUUGCUAUCUGCACAAGCCGCAACGUGGGGAGAUCAGCUUUAGACUGGGGGCUGCUUGUCUCUUGUACAGAGCUCAAAUAGAACUAGCACUGCAGCUCAUGAAACACGCAUGCUCGUCUUGGAACGCUACGAUCAGUGAGUCUAGAUGCAAUUGCGCGAUUCUGCCUCGGCGGUAAGGUAGAGGGUAUCAAUCACCACACAUUAAUGGCGACCUAAACUAAUGAUGAGAUGGGAAGAAUAAAUCAUUUCUGCAACACUCCGAUAACUCUCGUGUGACCUAAGAGCUGUGUGACCUAAGAUAGGCACCCGAGGGACGGGUGG